UAGUAAAGCACCUCCUUCAGGACAUGCGCAGUAGUACAGCAGGCUCGCGCUGUCCGGCAGAUACCACCUGGUGACGCAGGGACCCGAUCCCCCCUCAGAUUCCUUCCUGUUAGGACUUUCCUGUGAAGACUGGAUAAAAGGCUCCCAGGGUCAUCUAAUUCUAUCUCCUUCUUAUGAAAUAGAAGGUGAAGACUGGAUAAAAAGCUUCCAAGGUUAUCUAAUUAUAUCUCCUUCUUAUGAAAUAGAAGGUAAUCAAUCACAAAUCAGCAAUAAUAGAACUGGACAUAACCUGGGUGAGAUGUCGUCUGCAAAUUCUGGAUAUAGGAAAGAUUUUGAAAAUAAUGCUAAUCUUUCUGUGCACAAAGAAAUUCAGAAAGAUGAACAGUCAUGUUCUGAAAGAGAGAAAACUUUUAAUGUGAUAUUAAGUGCUGCUGAAAGUCAGAAAACUCACACAAGAGAGAAGCCAUUUUCAUGUUCAGAAUGUGGGAACUGUUUUUAUGAUAAAUCAAGUCUUCUUAAACAUCUCAAAAUUCACACAGGGGAGAAGCCAUUUUCAUGUUCAGAAUGUGGGAACUGUUUUCGUCAGAAAUCAAAUCUUGUUGAACAUCAGAAAUCUCACACAGGAGAGAAGCCAUUUUCAUGUUCGGAUUGUGGGAAGUGGUUUAGGAGUCAACAUCAUCUUAAGAUACACCUAAUAACUCAUACUGGAGAGAAGCUAUAUUUAUGUUCAGAAUGUGGGAAAUGUUUUAGUCAUAAAUCAACUCUUGUGAAACAUCACAGAAUUCACACAGGAGAGAAUCCAUAUUCAUGUUCAGAAUGUGGGAAGUGUUUUCGUCAGAAAUCGCAUCUUGUUGUACAUCAAAAAACUCACACAGGGGAGAAGCCAUUUUCAUGUUUAGAAUGUGGGAACUGUUAUAGUCGGAAAUCAAAUCUUGUUGACCAUCAGAAAACUCACACAGGAGAGAAGCCAUUUUCAUGUUCAGAAUGUGGGAAGUGGUUUAAGGGUCAACAUCAUCUUAAGAUACACCUGAGAACUCAUACAGGGGAGAAGCUAUUUUCAUGUUCAGAAUGUGGGAAAUGUUUUAGUCAUAAAUCAACUCUUGUGAAACAUCAGAGAAUUCACACAGGAGAGCGGCCAUUUCCAUGUCCAGAAUGUGGGAAAUGUUUUAGUGAUAAAUCAAGUCUUGUGCAACAUCAGAGAAUUCAUACAGGAGAGAAGCCGUUUUCAUGUCCUGAAUGUGAGAAAUGUUUUAAUCAGAAACCACAACUUAAUAUACAUCUGACAAUUCACACAGGAGAGAAGUCAUUUUCAUGUCCUGAAUGUGAAAAGUGGUUUGCUAAGAAAUCAAAUCUUAAUAGACAUCAGAGAAUUCACACAGGAGAGAAGCCGUUUCCAUGUCCGGAAUGUGGGAAAUGUUUUAUUGAUAAAGUAAGUCUUGUGCAACAUCAGAGAAUUCACAAAGGAGAGAAGGGAUUUUCAUGUUCCGAAUGUGAGAAGUGUUUUAGUAAUAAAUCAAUUCUUGAGGUACAUCAGAGAGUUCAUACCGGGGUUAAGCCAUUUUCAUGUCCUGAAUGUGGGAAAUAUUUUUAUGGGAAAUCAAAUCUUAAUACACAUCUGAGAACUCACACAGGAGAGAAGCCAUAUUCAUGUACUGAAUGUAGGACGUCCUUUAAAAGUAAAUAUCAUCUUGAGACUCAUCAGAGAAUUCACACAGGAGAGAAGCCAUUUUCAUGUCCAGAAUGUGAGAAGUGUUUUCGUCUGAAAUCAAAUCUUGUUCAACAUCAGAAAACUCACACAGGGGAGAAGCCAUUUUCAUGUCCAGAAUGUGAGAAGUGUUUUAGUGUUAAAUCAAAUCUUGUUCAACAUCAGAAAACUCACACAGGAGAGAAGCCAUAUUCAUGUCCUGAAUGUGGAAAGUGUUUUAGUAAGAAAUCAAGUCUUGAGGCGCAUCAGAGAAUUCACACAAGGGAUAAGCCAUUUUCAUGUCCAGAAUGUGAGAAGUGUUUUCGUCAGAAAUCAAAUAUUGUUGAACAUUGGAAAACUCACACAGGAGAGAAACCAUUUUCAUGCACUAAAUCUGGAAAGUGUUUUAGUGAGAAAUCAAGUUUUGUGAGACACCUGAGAAUUCACACAGGAGAGAAGCCUAUUUAAUAUACAGAAUGUGGGAAAUGCUUUGGCUGUAAAUUAAAGCGGUUUUCCGGGCUUAUAACCCCUUCAUGUAUUUUGACAUAACUGUACGUCAUAAUGCCUGAAGGUAUGUGUCUGACCUGACAGGGAGCGGAGAUUGCGUUGCGCCCAUCAUUUAAUCCCUCAGGUGCCACGAUCAACACAGAUCGCGGCACCUGUGAAUGAAGGCAGAGCGAUGCUGCUCGUUCUGGGUGCUGGCACACAGCGCAGUUCUGACAUGCAUUUAGGAUGCAGUUUUUUAUUGUAGCUAGCUGAAAUUACUUAAAUAAUUCCCUCUAUGCAGAACACAAGGGGUUAACGAGGCUGCCAAACUGGCUAAAUUGAAAACUGCAUCCUGAAUGCAUAUCAGAAAUGCACUUUGUGCCAGUACCCUCUGCCUUCCGAUCAGUUGCCAUGGCAGCCUGGACGCUGCUGAAGCGAUCCAGGCCUGCUAUCGCAUUCUCCAUACUGAGCUAUGUACGAGGCACAGCUCAGAAUGGAUAGAGUAAAAAUCCUAUUUUUGUGGACCAUAUGCAGAACCAUUAACUUCAGUAGGUCUGUAAAAAAAAUAAAAUAACGGAAGUUACUCCGUGUGCAUUCUAUUUCAGUUCCACAAAAAAAAGGAACAUGUCCUAUUUUUGUUCGCAUUACGAAUAGUACUGUUUCAUUAGGGGCCAGACGUUCCGUUCUCCACAAUACGGAAUACACACGGACUUCAUCUGUGCAUUUUUUUUUUUUUUUUUGCGGAUAUGUGCAUGAGCCCUAAUAGAGAUUAAUUGUCUUUUUGGGUAUGAGACUAUA